AUGCAAAAAUUCGUGUUGGUAGCUCUUGCUCUAUUUGCUGUAGCGGCAGCAGCCCCACAAGAAGCAGCCCCAGAACCUAUCUAUAUCCUCAAGCAUGAUGCUAAUGUCAACCCAGACGGUUACAAUUUUGAGUUCGAAACCAGCGACGGAACACAACGCCAAGAAUCCGGAACGUUGAAGCAGAUCUCUGAGGACGUGAAGGCCCUCGAAGUGCAGGGCAGCUACAAAUACGCCGCACCCGACGGCCUCAUUUACACCGUAACCUACAUCGCCGACGAGCACGGUUUCCAACCGCAAGAGCGCGUCGAACAUCCAGGACAAUAA